AUGGUGGUCAUCGAGCCGGAGACAGAGCCCUGCGCCGCGGGAAUCUUGGAGUCGGAGAAAGCUGUGGCGUCGAAGAAUGCAGAGGAGACCACGGGGGGCCCGGGGGGCGAGGCUUCGGGGUCCUCAGCGGGGAACGAGAUGAUUAGCGAUGAGGAUGUUUUCGAGGAUGCACUGGACGAAGAGCAGCUUGAGCAGGUGCUUCUCUCCCCGCGUUCAUGUGGCUAUUUUUCUUCUUCAUUACGGAAUGAGGAUCGUCAGCUGACAUGAACUUGUUCUGUUUCCGUGCUUUUCGUUGAUAUCUUGAUACUUUUGAUUACUCAAAAGUUUCGUUAAGGUGGAGUAAUAUUAGCUCGAGUUCCUUGCGACUCAAACCGUGCUAAAGAACAACCUUGCUAGAAUAUGAACAGUUUUACUGGUGUUAAAUUAGUUCUUCUCUACUUUACUGCUGAAGGCACAGUUUUCCUCUCAUGCUGGGCAUAUUGGUGAUGCUACCGUUUAGAAAGUAGACAGGAUGCGGAAUUUAUAAGACCAAUCAAUUUUGUUGGAUUGAUUUCACUCUCCCUCUGUCUUUCUAAGACUGGAUUUGUGUUUUAUAUUCUUAAUCUAUUUUUUUCAUGUGGCAGAGAGCGUUAGCACAAGCAAAUGACAUGAAAGAAGAAGGCAAUGUGUUGUACAGGGCUGGAAAUUAUGAAGAAGCACUGGAAAAGUAUAGAUUGGCCUUGCAAUUUGCUUCUGAGAUAACUUCAUCUUUGGAAGUCCGUUCCAUCUGUCAUGCAAACCGUGCUGUAUGUUACUCAAAAUUGGUGAGCUGUUUUAUCUAUAGAGUAAUAUAAUAGCUACUUAUCUCUGAAAUGAAUUUCUUGUAUGCUCGUACAACACAAUAUCUUUGGCAGAAUGGAAUUUAUUUCUGCUUUAUUUCUUAUUUUCCAAUCUUUUGGUCGAUAUUUUGCAGUGCGAUGUAUGCUUAUUCCUGUUUCCCUUUGGGUUUUUUCAGUAAUCAUUUCUGUGUUAUUUUUAAGACUGGGAAUAUUACCAUCCCAGGACCACUUUUUAGAGACCCUGUCCUACCUUUUUCUUGGAUUGGUUGGUUCCAGUGAUGUUGUCAUCAUUUUGCAUUAUAAGGAAUCCUUUUUGGCCAGGUGAAAGCACUUUUUGUUAUCUCAUGGUUGCUUCUAGUCAACUCCUCUUCUUUUAUUUGAACUUGAGUCCUUCGCUUUAUAAAAGAAUUCAAAAUAAAAUGCCAUUCUGGAAUUUUAUCAACAAUUUUCUUGUGUAGGUGGGGAUCUGGUAUUUUCUGAGUCCUUAUGUAAGGAAUUACAAAAUAAUUUUUUUCAACAAAGAUGUGAAUUAGGCCGAAUUAGUCGGCGAAUUAGGUAUUGGAGCAACAUUACCCAUUGAUAAAUCUCUUACUUUAGGUUUUCUUAAAAUUGAUUUAAUUUACUAAAUUAAUUCAACUGUGAAAUGUUGUUCGGAUUAUGCUUAUUUCACAGGAUAAUAUUCAAUCUACCAUCUCAUCUCUUUCUUAAAAUUGAAGGUCGUUCUUAUUGUAACAUGGAAAUUAGUCAUACUUUUAUGAGUACACACUUGCUUUUAAUGUUUGAAUUGAGGAAAACUGUUUUGCAAGAAUUAGAAUACUCAUCCUUGAUCAUAACCAAACAAGAUGUGCAUAGAAACAUCACCCCAACCAUUAUUUGUCGUUCAGAUAUCAAUUAUUCCAUAGAAUCUUUGAAAUUGUCACAACUUUCAACCCUCUAAUCUACCAUUUCGUCAUCCUUCACUGUUAAUUUCAUCAUUUUCUUGCACCGAAGAUUGUAUUCCUCAUUUGUUUUGCCUGCAUUUCUAACUGCAUGAUACAGAAAAGCACGUAACAUCUUAUUUGUGAUCUCUGUCCGUAUGGCAUUUACCUUAGUUUCACAAAAUAAUUUUUUUUAGAAUCGACAUUCAGGAUAAUAAUUUGGGCUAAAUAACAUACUGGGAUGUUAAAACAAACUAGAGGAAUACUUGAGUGAUAGAAAAUUAAGAUUUUUUUCUACGGUGGAAUCUGGAUUGAGUCCUAGAUGUUACAUAUACUAUUUGGAUACGUAUGCACUUUUGGUUUCUUAAAUGCCUAUGGGAAUGGUGAAGAUAAUUGAUGGAAAAAGAAACCACUUUUUAAAAGAGGAUGGAAGAAAGUGUGUUUGGCAAUAUGUGGAUAGAAAUGCUAGGUAAGAGGCUUGGUUGGAACGGAAGUAUUUAAUAAAGACUUCAUGGUUAACUGGAUUGAUGACUUUUAAUAGCACGUUUUGGUCGAGAAGAUUACUUCAAAAGUUGCAGCAAGUUUUGUGUAAUUUUACUGCAAAUCAAUCCUUUCUAUCUCAUAAUUGGGGAUUAACUUUUAAGGAGUGCAGAAUUCCAACCGGCUUCUUGUGGGGAAAGAAUAAAAAAAAUGAUUAGCUGCCUUAAAUAAUUUCUUGGGCUUCAUAGAGGGAGACACUAUAUCUUUGAACGAGGCUUUUAGGUCCACUACAUAAUUUUGAAGAAAAAUUAUGUGUAACGUUCAUGAUCUAGUAUCUUAGUGAAUUAUAAGGGGUAUGUCGGGAAUAUCUAAUAGUGUGCAUUUUUAGUUGGGACAGGGUUACUGCAUACUACAGCUUUUAUUGUAUUCUAGUUUUCUAGUUCACUCUUCAGGUUGUGCCUGGGGUUCUGAAGCCCAAGGGUUGGCUUCAUGGAAAUUCAUCUGCAUUUUACUUUGAUCCACAGUAUUGGAAAUUGGACAGGUUUUGCAAUUGGAUCAAAAUCACUUUUGGAUUUGGAGGUGACCUACCUUUACUACUAGUUUGCAUCCUUGUUCUGAAUAAUAUCAGGGCCCAUUCCUUCCCACCGUUGUCAAUAAAUGUUAACCGGGAUAAUUUUUGUUAUUACGUAGAGAUCUUAUUUGUACCUGUUUCUUCUAGACAAAGGAUUGAGUAUUUAAAAGAUAUUUUGGUGUAGUGUCUGUUAAACGCUGCUUAUUUCCAAUAAUUUCUCAGGAAUUUGUUUUACUUUUUUCUUUCUAAAACUUGUGGCUAUGGAACAUUGCAGGAAGAAGAUUCUAACUGGGAAGAAAAAACUAAAAAGUUGAUGAUAAUACUGGCAUAUUUUAUGUUGUCCUCAGUAAUCAUUAAGGAUUAGAUACUUAUUUUUUAAUUCUAAUAUUUUGGUUGUAAGUUAUUCCAGGAAACCCAAUCAUUUCCUUAUUUUCAAAUGGUUUUGAGUUUUCGCCUUAGUGGGUUAGUUUUCUUAUAUCGGAAAAAAAUUAUUAACUAUGCAUCAAUUAUUUAUUUUCCUCCUCUUUUCUACUUCUACUAGUGGAAAAUAAAUUCUGGCUAUAUAUUUUUCAAUUUACCACAAUCCAAAACCCUUUUUUAAUUGUGACUCCCAAUGAAAUCUUCCAAGAUAAACUUAUUCCUUAUUUUUCUCAGUACCUAAAAAUUGAGAAUAUUUUUUACAUUUUCGUAAUGUAACAAUUCCAUAUUAUUGGAAUUGCAAGUCUGUUUUCCUUCUGUGGAAUCUCAACAAUUCUCUUCAGGGAAAGUACGAGGACACAACUAAGGAGUGCACUAAGGCCCUGGACUUGAACCCCUCAUAUCUGAAAGCACUGCUCAGAAGAGGAGAAGCUCACGAGAAACUACAGCACUUUGAUGAGGCCAUUGCAGGUAAACGUGGACAUCUGAAAUGAAGUCAAGAGUCUUUUACUUCUCCGAUAAAUUAUCCUGUGUUCUUUGCUGAAACUGGUGCGUCUUUCUAUCCUUCUGCAGACAUGAAAAAGAUAAUCGAAUUACACCCAUCAGAUGUCCAGUCCAGAAGGGAAGCAGAGAAAGCGAUUCGAAGAUUAGAGCCACUGGCGGCAGAAAAACGAGAGAAGCUGAAGGACGAGAUGAUCGGUGAGCAUAAAUAUCGCCCAGUUUCAACUUGGGUUAUGGGGGAUAAUUUUCUAAUUGCUGGUUUUUUUUUUUUCAAAAUAAUAGUUUUUAGAUGAACGCAUCUCUAAUGUAUCACAAUUGGUCUGACAAAAAAGGAUUAUUUUUUUUUUUGGACAAUAAUUUCCAAUACAAAAAAUCAAGCUUCAUUUGGGAAAGAACAUGACCAAAUUAUAUUCUCUCCUCGCCUCAACUUCCGCAUAAUCUCUUUACUCUGAAAGUGAGGUUCUCACUAGUUAUCUGCAGUCAUUGCUGUUGGCUUUAUCUUUGACAUGAAUAAAAUUAUUUUCACUCAUUCAGCUGAAUCAAAAUGACCCUGAAGGAUAAAACCAUCCAGAUUUCUUGAAUCUUUGUGGUAGCUUGAUAAAUUAUUUCAGGCCCCUCUAAACCCUAGGGAGUAGUUUGCAGGAUUUAAGCCCCCAUUGCCCUGUUUGUUGAACUUAAAACUAUGCAUCCAGCGCGCGUAAAUUGACACAAGCUUUUCUUGUACCUCCCAGGGAAGCUGAAGGACCUCGGAAAUUCUGUGCUGGGGCGAUUCGGGAUGAGUGUUGAUAACUUCAAAGCUGUCAAGGAUCCCAACACUGGUUCGUAUUCUGUCUCAUUUCAGCGCUAG